CAACUGUCAAAAAAAAAAAUGACAACAUUUUGAAACUAGGAUUUCGUUUUGUGGUGUGUGUGGUUUGAAAAUUAUAAUAGCUGUGUAAUUAUUAAUUAGUGUACAAAAGCUGUAAAUAAUGACAAGAACAUAAUAGUUAAGUAGUUGAAGGAGAAAAGUAGUAGUAGAAAAAUAAAUUCACGAUGGAAGAGUCAGUUCUACGAUACGAAAAAAUUGACUUUCUUGGAGAAGGGCAGUUCGCCACAGUAUACAAGGCGCGGGAUGUAAAAACGGAUAAAAUAGUGGCCGUGAAAAAGAUCAAGAUUGGGUCUCGUAGUGAGGCGGCGGAUGGAAUCAACCGCACCGCUCUCAGGGAGAUCAAACUGCUGCAAGAAGUCCAGCAUAUCAACCUCAUUGGGUUACUAGAUGUCUUUGGGCAGAAAUCAAAUGUUUCUUUAGUAUUUGACUUCAUGGACACAGAUUUAGAAAUAAUUGUUAAGGACAACACCAUAGUACUUACUCCUGCCAAUGUUAAGGCUUACAUGAUAAUGACUCUCAGAGGCUUAGAAUACUUACAUCAAAACUGGAUCCUGCACAGAGAUCUGAAGCCCAACAACUUGCUGAUUAACAGGGAUGGAAUCCUCAAGAUUGGGGACUUUGGUCUAGCAAAGGCAUUUGGUUCUCCAACUAGAAUAAAUACUCAUCAAGUAGUGACUAGAUGGUACAGAUCUCCAGAACUCCUAUUCGGGGCUCGUCAGUACGGCACGGGCGUGGAUAUGUGGGCCGUGGGCUGCAUCCUCGCAGAGCUGUUACUCAGGGUACCCUUCCUGCCGGGUGAGUCCGACCUGGACCAGCUGUCACGCAUCUUCCAGGUCUUCGGCACGCCCGGCGAGGAGGAGUGGCCGGGCAUGAAGAGCCUGACAGACUACGUGCAGUUCAAGCAGUUCCCGCCGCAGCCGCUGCGGCACAUCUUCAGCGCGGCUUCCGACGACCUCAUCCAGGUGCUGGAGAGCCUGUUGGCGCUCUACCCGCCCAGCCGGUGCGACUGCACGCAGGCGCUGCAAAUGCCUUAUUUUAGCAACAAGCCAGCGCCAACUGUAGGCAACAAGUUACCGAUGCCCUCCAAUAUCAGCAAGAUUGAGGUGGAGAAGCCCUCACUCAAGAGGAAGCUGCUCGACAACAUCGACGGAGGCUCGCUCGCCAAGCGGCUGCAGUUCUGACCCACACCCACACUGACUUCCAACACACAACUCGACAAAAAGAGAACGACGUAGCUCUGUGUAUUAUCAGAAAUGUACGGACCAGUCGCCGACUAAUCGUUCGUUCGUUUUCGAUUCGCGUGCAUUUUAUUUGAUUGUCGCUUUUCUUAGUCAUUUGCAACAUCAACAUAAGAUUGAUAACAGUGUCGCUAAUGUGUUUCUCUUUUUUGUCGACUUGUUCUUUAGUAAAAUGACAGACGUGCAAUUAACUAUAGUAUAUGGAUGUUCGACGGUAAGUUUUCUGUACUUUUUUACUUGAUAUCGAUCGCAAAUGAUACUUUUAGGGUGUCACACUAUAGCAUAAUAUUUCCACUCUUCAUAGUCACGAACAAUCAAUGUUUCCCUUUAGAAAAAAUAUAAAUAACUGAUUUUAAUGUUUCACAAACUUGUAAUAGAAAAGCAGGACUUUCUCAAUUAGAUAUAAUAAAUGGAUGAUAUUGUAUUAUAGCUGGCUUUAUGUAUGUAUGUGCAUUGACGUGAAAUCAAGUGUAGUGUUUGUUGUAAAGACGUAAGUGGUUGUGAUGGUUGGGAAGAGAAAAGAUAAAUGAAAAUACGAUUUAUAAUAAAAGUAAAUAUAUUCUCUCAUCAUAUAUUA